UUUAAAUGCUGCAAAUGGGAUCCCUGUUAGCACCUGCAGAUGUAUAUAUAAGUUGGGAAUAUUAAUAUAUUGUGCUAUUCUUGUUGCAUUCAUAUCCUUCUCUCUCAAUUUCGUUGUAUCACUCCAAUAAAUAAAUUUUGCGAGAGUUAUGGUGAGAAAACCUUGCUGUGACAAAGUUGGAUUAAAGAAAGGGCCAUGGACUGCUGAUGAAGACAAGAAACUCUUCAAUUUCAUUCUCACUAAUAGCCAAUGUUGCUGGAGAGCUCUCCCUAAACUCGCAGGACUGCUAAGGUGUGGGAAGAGCUGCAGAUUGAGAUGGACUAACUAUCUUAGGCCGGAUUUGAAAAGAGGACUUCUCUCUGAUUUUGAAGAGAAAUUGGUUAUUGAUCUUCAUGCUCAACUAGGGAACAGAUGGUCCAAGAUUGCCUCCCGUCUCCCGGGAAGAACCGAUAACGACAUAAAAAAUCAAUGGAACACACACAUAAAAAAGAAAUUGAAGAAAAUGGGAAUUGACCCCGUGACGCACCAACCUCUGCAGGCGGAUAAAACGGAGGUCGAGUCUGCCAUGUUUGUCAACAACUCCGAGAUUCCCGUGUUCGGGCCCCACGAGAUCCUGCCACCGCUGACACCAUCAUCGUCGUGCUCAAGCGGCGGCGGAGCGUCAUCGUCAAACGCGGCGCACAGCAUUGAGAAGGUGAAUACCGAUACAUGGGAUCAAGGAUUUGGAGACGUCUUUGAUUUGUUGGGUGAUUUGAAUUGUUUCAAAUUUGAUUCGAUUUUUUCUAUCUAGAUUUUCUUUUUGAACUUCUUUUCAGUAGAUAAUGCCCCAGGCCACAGUUUAGUUGUUCGGUAGCAUAUAGGUCUCUAAUAAAUGUUGCAUACUUUAUAUGGGCAGAUUUUAAUAGUUGUAUUAAAUGUUCCAUAUUUUCA